AAAAACCUUCACUUUCUCUCCAAGAAACUUUCUUCCUUUUUCUUUCUCGAAUCUUCCAUGGAUCCCAAAGAAACCCACCAACAGCAACAGCAGCAGAAUCGCAACGCCGCCGCCGCCCCUUAUCAGGGCAUGCACAACCGUCCAUCUGUCGGGGCUCUCUCUCUGCGCCAGCCUCAACCUCGACAAGCGGUCAUGCUCGACGGAUCGCCUUACCCCGUCGUGGCCGAACGACGCUGGAGGCAACUCGGGAUCAAGCAACGAGACGCUCCUCCUGAUGUCAAUGUCAAUGUCAUUGAUGGUGGAGAUAGCGGCGGAGGCGCAAAUGCUGGCCCACCUGCUAAACGCAAAGGUCGUCCUCUUGGCUCCCGUGAUAAGCAGCCGCGCAAAGCUUCAGUAGGAGGAGGAGGAGGAGGAGGAGGACCGCUUACAGCUCAUGUCAUUAACGUCAAUGCUGGAGAGGACAUAGCUAUCAAGUUAGUGGAGUUUAUGAAGCAAGAACCACGCGAAGUCUGUAUUCUCUCAGCUUCAGGAGUUGUAUCUAUUGCAGUGGUUCAAUCUGACAAUCCUCUUGGAUUUGUUAAGUAUGAGGGCCUAUAUGUUAUCACUGAUUUGUCAGGUACUUUCUGGAAUACGGAGAGUAAUGAUGGUGGUGCUACUGUGACCAGAACUGGUAACUUGAGAGUGUCUCUAGCUGGUCCUGAUUGCAAGGUUGUGUGCGGUUGUGUUUGUGGAAUGCUUGUAGCUGGUUCACAAGUAGAGGUCACUGUUGGAACCUUUGUACGAGAGGGAGUGAAACUGAGCUCAGCUUCAGCACCAGCCAAUGUAUCGAGCUUAACUGGUGGUGGUGGACCAGGAUUACCUCAGUCUCAGGGACCAAGCGAGUCAUCAGAGGAAUAUGAUACUACAUCUCUUGGAAACUUUACGCCACAACCACCUCACCAUCGUCCCCUCUGGCCUGGCAACAAUCCUCAAUAAGCAAAUGGUUCUCACUAAGGGGUUGACUUCUUUGUUCCAUCAGAAUUGUCCAUAAGUAGAUUGAUCUUUCUUAAGAGAGAGAGAGAUGUUAAAGUAGGGUUGAGUUCAUACUUUUAGUUUGUUACUUAGUUUCUUUUGGUUGUGUGAUGAUUCUGUAAUCAACGAAUGAUCCGGUUUAGUUUCCAAGUAGGUUUCAGUUCAUUUUUUAUAAAAAAAAACAUUUCUCAUAAUGUACAUCUUCUCUUGUUUUCAUUAAAAAAUGUGGUCAAUACAAAACAAAAAACUAACUGUAGUUUUCAUAAUCUGUCUGACUUUUACUUAUCAAAGAAAAACUUAUCUAAAUUUGUAUGGCUUAAUCAAAAGACUGGAUUACACCAAGUGAUUUUUUGUUUAAAAGAAUGUUUGUCUUAAAGAAUAAGCUAGUACUAUAAUGAAUUAAUCAAAUAACUAGCUAUUAGCUCUGGAAUCAAACCAUACAGCAAGCUCUCGAUUCUCUUGCAAACGAAUAGUACUAUCCGGAUUAUUCUGUCUAGAUGUUUCAUUAACAUGAUUGUUGAUGAUAAUAUGUUAGUGAUAUUGUUAAAAGUGUAAACCUUCAUGUGUCAUCUAAAAGUAAGUAAUUGUUUCCUUAGCUAUUUACUAGUGUAUGGAUUUCUUGAUAAUGGCUAUUAUUUUUCAUAUAUGAUUUGUACUUGCAAUUUGCAAAUUGUUUGACAAGCAAUGUUCUUCCUUGUGAUAUGACGAGGAAG